AUAAAGAAACUGCAAUCAUGCAUUCACUAUAAAUGUAUGUCAUCGGGUGACACUCUCGCACGGUGUGACAUUGAUUUCAAGAACUCCAUUUGAAUGGACGUCAAGUUCGGUAAAGUUGUGUCCCUCGCUGCACUGCUUGUGUAUGCAAACUCUGUUCAUUGCUUCAAGUGCUAUCGUUGCUCGAGCAGCACGAGUUUCAAAGACUGCAAUAAGGCUAUCAGCACAGUGAACUGUGAAGAGCUGCAAGGGUUAGGCAGUCUGCAGAAUGUAACGUUCGCCUGCACCAGCGUAAGCCUCACCGGGACGAUUGGCAAGCGAUACAUCAAAACAUGCAUCCCCAGCUUACCAGAGUUCCAGUUUUGUGAGUUGUUGAAAAACCAAACGCAAACAUUGAGCGGGAUGGUGGUGCAAGAGUGUAACGUGUGCUAUCGGGAGUUGUGUAACGGUUCCGGCCAACUGAAUCAUAUAACCAACCUGCUAGUCUCAAGUGUAGCGUUAUCUACGUUUAUGCUGCUUUUAAAAAUAAAAUGAAUACGUCAGGUGAAUCCUGGGACCGGGGAUUCACAUUCGAUUAAUCACGGAACGAGAGGCUUAGGGGAUGUUAAUUGAAUUGUGAAUCGUCAUGUCGAUCAGUGGUCGCAAUCAUUAGUGGCUGUGGUUUAAACCCAUUUCUCAUUAGCCAUCCCUAUCAUUAUCAUUGACUAAAUAAUGGUUCGAGUGACGUUAAAGAGCACUAACCGGGGUCCUGUACGGUGCAUCAGAGUGCACCACAGUAGCGGUGACCGUUCGGAAACCAGGGCGGAAAACAAAUCGUUCCAAUGCAGCCAUCGGUCAUGCGCAGGAACCAUACUGCAUCGUCAACAUUCCAACAACUUUACCAUGGACUGCAGUGUGCGACAAGUAACACCGAAGCGACGGUGGAGGGGCAACAAUGCCACACUGAUUGCCAGCCAAAAGUGUAUCGACGACGAGAGCUAAUUGAUUUCCAGUGGAUAUGUGUGUCAAAUCAAUGUGUCAAUCAAUAAAUUCGAAACACGAUUCUGCUAGAGGAAUAAAAGGCAACAAAAGCA